UUGGAGUUAAAGAAACAUGGAAACCCUAAUGGCUUCUGCUACUCUCACUCUGUUGCUGCUGCUUGUGUCCCUAAGCAUCUUGCCAUCUGAAACCUCUGCAGAUUAUGUUUACCCAUUUCCUCCUCCUCCAAUGAAAAAACCCUAUUACAAGUAUCCUUCUUCUCCACCACUGCCGAAGAAGCCCUACAUGUACCCGUCUCCUCCUCCGCCACCAAAGAAGCACUAUGUUUAUUCGUCGCCUCCACCACCACAGAAGUACCCGUCGCCUCCUCCACCGCCAAAGAAACACUAUGAUUACAAGUCUCCUCCUCCACCGAAAAAACACUAUGUGUACCUGUCGCCUCCUCCACCGCCCAAAAAACACUAUGAUUAUAAGUCUCCUUCUCCUAUGAAAAAACGCUAUGUGUACCCGUCGCCUCCUCCACCACCAAAGAAACACUAUGACUACAAGUCUCCUCCUCCAUUAAAAAAACACUACGUGUACCCGUCGCCUCCUCCACCGCCAAAGAAAUACUAUGUUUACAAGUCUCCUCCUCCACUUUACAAGAACUAUAUGUAUCCUUCACCAACCCCUCCUUACCACUACUAG